CCUCCAUCGAAUGAACUACCACUUAUCAACUUAUCUUGGAGGUUGUGCAGCCACCGCAUGACCAUGUCCGACCACGUCCUGUCUCAAAUUCCAGUUCUCCAAGGCGCCGUGGCCGCCGACUGUGAGAUUUUGCACGACCCGAAUGAUGCACGGUUUCAGCAACGCUUAGCUCGAUGGACUGAUAUCGACCGGAAAGUUCCGGCUGCCAUUGUUCUUCCUCGCACAGAGGAUGACUGUUUGAAGACGGUGCAAUGGGCUCUCAAGUCAAACAUUCCAUUCGUGCCGAAAAGCGGCGGUCAUAGUCCCUGGUCAACCAUUGGUUCAGAGGGAAUCAUUAUUGAUCUCAGUUUGCAUUCUGAAGUUCGUGUCGAUGCGGAUGCGCAAACAGCAACCGUGAUUGGAGGUGUUCUGGCCAAGGAAGUGUCUGUGCGUCUAGCAGAAGCGGGUUUUUUCACCGCACUUGGGAAUGGCAACAGCGUUGGUGCCAUCCCGUACCUGCUUGGUGGCGGGGGCUCGAUCACCAAUUCCAUCACCGGCUUCGGAUCGGAUCAGAUUUUGGCGGCGCGUGUAAUCACAGCAAAGGGGGAGCUGAUCGAAGUUACAGAGGGGACGCACCCGGAUCUGCUCUGGGCAUUGAAAGGAGCUGGUCAAUUCUUCGGCCUGGUCACUCAGCUCACGGUUCGUGCGCACUCUUUGUCGCUACUGCGGAAACGACAGGGCUUGAUAUGGGUGGGGGCCUUUAUCUUUCCACUUGAUCGGGCGGUGGAGGUGGCUCGAGUCAUGAAGCAAAUCAUGAAUGAUCCCCAACACGCGACGGCGGGCCUCAUGAUGAUCAUUGCCCCGCCUCCCGCGCGUGUUCCAUCCCUGGUGAUUUCCGCCCGUUAUACCGGCGAUGAGGCCCCGGAAGUGCCGUUCAAAGCUUUGUAUGACAUUCAGCCAGCCGCUACAAUGGGCAGAGAUCUACCUAUCCAGAACGUCAAUGAUGAGCGAGAAGCGCUAUGCGCCAAAGGUGACUUCAAGAGGUUCGGGAUCGUAGGGCUGCAUGAAUAUCGUAUCGACGGAUUCAUGCAGGCCAUCGAAGUCUGGAAGAAAUUGACCCAUGAGUGUCCUGAUGCCAUAAAUUCAGCCUUCAACUUACAGUGGGACUCGCGACCGGUUAAGGCGCCCGAGAAGGAGUCGGCCAUGUCGUCGCAUGAUAUCCGCUACUGGCAGGUCAACAUUAUCUGGCAUACAGAUGAGAAGAACAGACGCAAGGUCGACCAAUACAACGAUGAGUGCGUUGCUCUGAUGCGGGGCCCGGACGAAACACGGUACAUCGACUUCCAGAAUGCGACUCGGACGGGACCAAUCCAGCGACGGUAUCGGGGAGAGGCUCGGCUGAAAAAGCUUCGACAGCUCAAGAGAGAAUGGGAUCCUCAGGGUGUGUUUACCAGGCAAUUGCUGGAUAUUGAUUGAGUGCAAACGAUACAACGAUGUAGACUGGUGAUAAAGACAGGCCGUUGUGUCUAGAAUCG